AUGAAAUCCUUCAGUCAGGCAAACAAGUUGUACUUGCACAUGAACAGCUUGACAAAGAACCUUCUGGGCAUUUCGAGUGCAGCAGACUUUCCCUCUGGGUUAUGGUUCAAAGGUGCUGACACAACCUUCGUGAUCAAGUUUCUGGUUUUCAAAUUUCAAGAUGUGCUGGAGAAGCACGAGUUUCAGGAAUCGGAUCUUCGAUAUUUGAAAGAGAUUUUGGCUUGCCUGAAAUCCGCUGAUGGCUUCAUGAGUUCGCUCUACAAGGGAGGUCUUUUUCAAGGAGGGCCACGGCUGGCCAAGAUCGUCCGGCUUGGUGAAUCCAUGGUACAGCUCUAUGCCAAAAUUGCAAGUUUGGCAUAUGCACGAGGCUUAGCACGAUUCAAAUUGAAUCCGAAAUAUCACAUGCUGCUCCACAUUAUUUACCAGCUCAAGUUGGACAAGCAGGCCCAGCACGAAGCAUUGAAUCCGAUUUCACAUUCGUGCCAGAUGGCAGAAGACUUUAUCAAUCGCAUAGCAACUUUAGGUCGUGCUGUUGGCCCCAGAAAGGUGCCUGAGCGAACUCUUUACUUGUACAAGGUUGAGCUUGCACGAGUAUGGUAG